UUUAAAUUCCGGUUGUGUGGCUGUGAGGUUAUGUAGUGAACGGUUGACUUUUUUAAAUGUAUAAAAAGUUGAGCGAAGAAAUCACUACUCGUAAUUGUGUCUCGUGAACAGUAUUAACCAUCGCAAAUACUCAAGCAAUGAACAUACAUUCCAACAAACCCAGUAACAAAGAAGUACAAGACGUCAGUGCACGUGUAAAGAACACAAAACUAGAAAUCCAACAACUCAAGCACGAAUUACAGCAACUCCUCAACUCAGGAACUCAGUCUGCGCUCAUUAACAAUGUCGAGCAAGACCUUGCCAUUCCUGUUCCACUCACAACCCCGGAGAAACCGCGUCGUGACCCCCAACCCACCAAACACGCGCCUCCAGUGCAGAAAAAGAGCGAACCCACAAGAACCAGCCCCCCGAAAAAGGUUAAAACUUAUAAUGUAGCGGACGCUCGUGAGUAUAUAAAAAAGCAAAAGGAAAAGCGCGCUGAGGAAUUGAGGGCUCAGAUCCACGUUACUGACAAUCAGGUAGAGUUAAAAAAGGAAAAGCUGCGGGAGCUGCACCAGAAAGCGUUAGAAUUAGUCAAUAAAAAUGUACAGUUGAAACGUGAGCGAUCGAAAUCGAGGGAUCGGGGGCCGCCGGUUCGACUAGACAAAAGCAACGCUCGAUAUAAAUCUCAAGAAAAUGUUGCUGGGGGGCGCCUAAACGUCCCGGCAAAAUCGGCUGCAACGCGAGCUAAGUCACAAGAGGCGAUUAAAAUUCAAGAAAGACCGAAAUCUCAAGAAAGGGUUAGUCGGACGCGUACAAGUGGUGGGGGUGUUACUGGAUUGUAUAGACCUGCGCAGAAAAUAGAUCCGAACUAUUUGUACCCUCCAAAGUCUAAAUCAGUAACAAGUAGAGAUGUUGGAGAGUUUGACAAAACACGUUUUCCACCGUCAAAUAAAGUAGAAGUGGCUAUAGAUCUAAAUCAGGGAAUGCUUAUUUCAAGCAAACCACAAGAGAAACUAAAGUCGCCCUCUACAUUACAAACGCGAACUAAAUCAAAAGAAAAAUUACAAGGUGCCAAAUUUCAGAAGCCAGAUGAAAGAACCAGUAGAACACGUACUAGAGGAAAACGUGUGGAAACAGUUGUUGCGCCCUCUACAUCUACACAGAACCUAAUUCCUUAUAUCACGUUCAAUUCAAGCAAUACAGAUCUAACUGAUUUUAAGGAGACAGUUUUCCUGCCUUUUCAAAGUCCAGAAGUACCUCUAGAUCUCAAUGAAAGAAUACCGGAACGCGAUUUAGCUCAAAGUAAUAAAGACGACAAAACUCUCCAUAAAAACAUAACCCAAAGACCUAAAAAACCCAAACAGGUCUUAGAACUUUCAGUGAUGACUGAUGCUUGCCUUAAAGAUACGAAAGAAACCCAAACCAAUCGUAAUUUCGAAAACGUGGCUUGGAUGCAGCCCCCUCCUGCUUUGCCUUACCCCUACAAUUUUAUCAAUACCGUGAAGAGAAAGCUGCAGCAAGCCAUAAAUUCGCCACGAAGUUGCGUGGAUGUGGGUGUGCAAAAUUCGGGUGAUAAUUCCGAAGAAACUCCAAAUGUUGGACGUACGAAAUCUAAAGAGGAAAUUAAAGAAAUGUUGAUUAAGAGUACCGGGGGCGAUUUGAGGUCGUUUGCAUCACACAAGGGUCCCAAUCUAGAUCUUCAAGUAGUCGAAAAUCUAGAAUUGGUACCCAAUGGCGGCGGUAAAAUCAAGUCUAGUAAAGACGGAAUCUCGAGGAAUUUGUUCACGGGUUAUGACAGCGAGUCAGAUACUUCAAAGAACAUUCCAGAAAUUUCAAGCGAGAGUUUGGCGUCUGCGAGUUCCAAACCUCACUUGAGUUUGGAUAAAUUGAAGAGUUUGAAACUUCAAAAAUUAUCAAAGUCGUCACAUAUUGACGAUAAUAGUGGUGAAAAGGAUAGUUAUAGCUCUGAUUUUCAGAAAGAGAGCGUCAGUACUAAAAAGUCUAAAUCCACUAGCACGAUUAAAACAGUCGUUAGUGAAAACAAAGCUUCUGAUGUGUCUGCGUCUGACAUAUCUUUAGGUGGUAAUUCAUUUUCUGGUACCGCCACCAAUUACGCAGAAUCAACACACAAAACUGACAAACCAGAAAGUACUAAACACUCAAUUCAAAAUUUUACCAAUUUUAUUAACAAGUGCUUACGGGGCGACGGCAAUUUUCCAAAAUCUUCCAAUAAGUCGUCAAGCGAUAGUCAACCGUCUAAAAGUACAUCUAGUUCCAAAUCACAACUUGUUACAGAAUCUUUGGUUCUGAAGCAACCAUCCGUUUCACUAACCAUCCAUAACGGUCAGUCGUCGGACAGAAAAAGGGUUUUAAUGAAUACGAUUACCAUAAGAUCGGGUACCGAGGACUUAAGUUUCGAGAAUCUAGGAAACGGGGAUGAUUCACAAGGAAGUUUUAAGUCACUGUUGACAAAGGACAGAUCUUCUAGAAGUAGCGCAGGAUCGGUGCCAGAAAUUUUGGUUGAAGACACCAGUACUAAAAGUGUCGUUUCAAAUGACAAAGUUAGUACGUCUUUGAAUUUAAAGCAACCGACGAUGUCGUUGAAAGUUCCAAGGGGUCAGAAGCGGGGCGAUGUUGUCCAAAGCCAAAUGAAAAAUAUCACCAUUAAAUCUUCAAGUUUACCGAAUAACACCGUUAACGAACUCCACCUGAAAUUCGAAGCCGAAGUCCGCCUCCUCAACGACUUCAACGAAUCAUUCAAACAACUAAAAGCCGUCGAAGAGGCUUUCGAAAACUUGAAAAACAAACACGAAACGAACUUAGCCAUGACGAAAACUCUCCAGAACGUAGACACCCAAACCUCCGUUGUCACCAAAACUUCUACCAACGUCAGCACGGAAAGAUCACCCAGAGGUUCAAAAAAUUCCUCCAUCAAUUUUUCGAGAGGAUCGGAAGUGGCAGAGGAGCUGAACGAUUCCAUCGCGAAUAACAAUCGAAACACCUCCAAGUCGUUGCACAACAGCUCUUUCUCAACCGAUUGGAAUCUUAGCAAUUUGAACGCGUCCAGUGUUACCAACGUAUCCACUGACGAGGGAAGAUCGAAGUUGUCUAUAUCUGGUUUAGAUAAUUUUGACUUGAAAUUAAGCAACUGUGCCAGCAUAUUGUCUCUAAAUAUAUUUGAUCAGCUUAUCAAGGAUGAGGACACUAGGAUCCAACAGUUGAAAACUAUAAUAAAAAUUCGAGAACAGGCCCUACUUGACAGAACUAAAAGCGAACUUGUGUGGCUAGAUAUUCAGAAAAAACAGCUCAUAGAAACAGGCAAAAUCGAAGAAGCCUCCCUCCUCAAGAAGAAACAACGCGGAAUCAUCCUCAAACAUGAACAAGAGCGCAACGAAAUCAAAAAACUGAAACAGAUGCAAAAGGAAGCAUCCGAACACCGGAAAAACACCCUCAAGCAGCAGAGAAACCUCAUCAAGCACCAACUGUGCACGGACAAUAUGUUGUCUCAAAUCACGGUGAAAAAGCGCAAGGAGAGACGUAGCACGGGACCACUGAGGGUGGUGCAGAGUUGCAGCGAAUCCAUACAUUCCGAAACGUCGAUUUCGCUGAAAAGUUCUGGACUCGAGGAUAUUCUCAGUAUCACGUCCAAGUCGCUGAGAGUGUCCGAGGAGUCCGAGUACGAUCUGUCGAAGGUGCUAAAAGAGGAAGAAAUGCCGGUUUCUACAGCGAAAAGGACGCUGUUGAUGCGAGAGGCCGCGCUGCAGAAGCGCCGCAAGGCCGCCGAGGAGUUGCUGCGAUGGCACCGGAAGCUCCUCGACGAAGAGCGCAAGAUCAGCGAGCUGGAGGCGGCGGCGACGUCCGUGGUGAGGCAGGAGGGACCGAAGGACAAGUACAAGUUCAACGGCAAGCAGCUGAACCAACUAUGGAGAAACAUGACGGGCUGUGACGAGAAGAAGUUCGUCGAGGACAAACUCUACGUCAUGUCGCAGACCACGCUGGAGCGGCUGUGCAAGAGCGCGAGGCAGCACUCCGGCAGGAAUAAGAGGCCGCCGAAGCACGAACGCUCGAACGAAAUGAGCGGCGUCAGCGACGCCAACAACUACUCCUCAGCGUUCGAGCCGGAGUCCGUCCAGGAGAUCAUCUCGCAAGAAGAAAAGACAAAGAUAUCGUCGAUUUCGGAGCUGAUUGAUAAUUUUAGCCGGAUCGAGGACGAGAUAUCGACGUUGAGCAAGAAGUCGGAAGAUAUCGUAUCGCUGAAGGAGUCCAGUCGGGUUGAGGAAGAAAUACGCUUCGAGAGAGAUGAGUCGGAAAAGACAGUACCUGAGGAGAGCGAAGCGAGCAGCAAAGAUGUCGAGGACGAAGAAACGAGCGUCACUGAGGCGGUGGAAGAGUCGUCGAUUAAGUUGUCGCCGAAGGAUCUCGUUCCAAAAGAAGAAGUAGAGGCCACUCCUACACCUGAACAAGUUUCGACCAAAAUUGAAGAUUUGGAAGAAGCCAAGUCCAUUCCAGAGGUUUCGACCACCACAGAAGACCAAGAAGAGAAAUUAGAAGAACCAAGUGCUGACAAAAGUGUGGAAGAAAUUUCGACACACAAAGAAUCAGAACGGGAGAUUCCGUCUAGACCAAAGGACCAAGACACCAUAGCAGACCAAAUUUCUAAAGAUACUGAAGAAACGAAGCAUACUCAAGAGAUUCCAUCUUCGCUAGAAAAGGAAGACGCGACGAACGACGAUCAACUAUCGAUUAAUGAAGACAUAGAAGAACCAAAAUCGCCUGAAGAUCAGGCCAUUCCAUCAGAACACACGUCUACCAAAAGCCUGGAUUUGGAAGAAAUUCAAAAUCUAGAAGAGUUAUAUCCCGUUCAUGAAGUACACUUAGAAGAACCGAGUGAACAUAUAUCAACUGAAGAUGACAAAUCUACCUCUGGAGAGGAAAAAUCAAUUAGUAAAGAAGAGCAACCAAUUAGUGAAGAAAAAGAUGCAGAGGUAGAACUGUCCACGAAAGAAGAAAAGCUAACAUCUCGAAUUUCCGUUGAAGAAGUAGAAUCCGAUGCAACACCCGAUGAACAGACAACAGUUAGUACAGAAGAGCAACCAUCGACUGAAGGCAAAGCUGGAUUUAUUGAAGCGAAUUUCCACGAAGUAGAAACAGAACUGUCUUUGGAAGAAGCUCUAGAAUCGGCAUUUAAAAUUGAAGAAUCUCUAAGCAAACUAAAUGAGAAGUUAAUUAGCGUGAAGAAAGACGAACUAAGUGCGGAUUCGUCCUCUGCGAAAGAAGUAGAGUCUGUGGACGAAACAUCAAAUAAAACCACGUCAAAAAGCUAUACUUCUAGUUCUGUACACACAGACGUUGAAGAGAAGACCCCAGACAAGAAAACUAAUAAUCAGAUUGACGUCAAAAAACGAGUUUCUGAAAUUUUGGCUGAUGCUAGUCCGACUAGAGGAGACAAAAGUCCUAGACUUCAAGAUCUGUAUGUAACAGCGUAUGACGUAGGUGCUACAAAUUCUUCAGAGUUCACUGAAUCUUACAUAGAUGGUCGCCCACUGCCUCCCGAUAUUUAUGGAAGCGAAGCUGAAGAAUUACGAAGGAAGCAACUAGCCAUAGAACAAGAGAUCAAACAAAUAGAACUGCAACAGAAAGAGCAACUCCCGUACGUGUUUAUGCGCGAAAUCCCCAACAAACCGCCGCCUCCUUACACACCUCCCUCAUCUCUUUCGUCCAUUUCCCAGACAAUCCUUCCCUCAGAAGUCAAAGAAAUCAACGAACUCGCUUGCUACAGUUCCAAAGUCCUCUACAAAGCCUACCAGAACAACAACCUCGACAAAGUGAAAUUCUCCGAAAACGGCUUCAAACUUUUUUCCAAAGUCGAAGUACCCAAAAUUUGCGCCGAGUACGUUUUCGACAUUUGUAGAGACGUGGCCAGGAACCACUACAAACAGUUCGAGAAGUGCGAAGAACCCACAUGGCUGGCCACCAAAAAACCGCAACUAACGCGGAACAAACCACCAGACGUGACCGGUCUGGAAAAAAUUUUGAACAAGAAAUUGAAGGAACUGUUUGGAUUCAAGAAAACUCAAAUCGCCGAAAGUGCCAUAAUCAAGUGGGGGAGGAAGAAGCGGGACCACGUGGACGAAGUUUUAGUCAUAGAAUCUCAAGAGGAGGAAUCUCAGUGGACCAACUUUGAUAAAGACGAAUUAAUCGUGAAAAACCAGGUGACCGACGAUAUUAUGAAGAUGUUACUCGAAGAAACUGCAGCCGUUUUUGCCAAGAUAUUCUCCAAGAAGAAAGUUGUAGGUCGAGCGUGUGAUAAGUCUGAAUGAAGUAUUUUUUUUAAUGUGUAUAAUUGUUGAUUUUCUUUUAUAAGUCUGAAUAAAGUAUUUUUUUAAA